UUUCUUGUCACGUUAGAGGGGUAUUUUGGACAAUUGGCCCAAUGAAAUCUGUGUCUUCCUCGCGUUAUGGUCGAACUUGAAGAAGCUCAGUUGUGUGUGUGGAUAGAAAAUCAUUUCGUGCAGAGAAAGCUUUCCCAGCAGAAAAAAACCCUAACCUCUAGCUUCUCUCUCUCUCUCUCUCUCUCUCUCUCUCUCUCUCUCUCUCUCCGUGUGUGUGUGUGAGAAAUCUCAUUCUUCUUCCAUCGGCAUUUCAUCCAAUACAAAUGCAAGUUCUUGCUUGCAAUUCGCCUCUGCAUUCCCACGGGUUCGCAGCUCCGAGGCGUUUCGGUCGGAGAGAGAUCUUCUUCGAUGGAGUUUCUUCCAUCUAUUCUCACAGAAAAGAAGAAAUGGAUUCGAUUGGUGCCACCUCUUCUUCUCCUCCACAAUCCAUUCCCGUCCGAAGAGUGGUUGAAGACUGUUCCAAGGAUAUGCGUGAAAUAAUAUGCAAAACCAUUCCUUCCACCACACGUCGGGCGUUUGCAACUUCAAUCAUCUAUUUAUGUUCUCAUCCUUCAAGGUACUUUUCAGCUCUUGCUUUGGGGGAUCCGUCUGUGACAAUUGAAGAGGUGACUCCUCCCAUUUACCCCUCUGGGGUCCUCUUCCCUUCAGAGGAAAGGAUAGUCGAUCUUUUUGAGAAGAACACUUAUUCUGUUGUCAACAUCUUUGAUGUAACAUUACGCCCUCAGCUUAAUAUAACCGGCGUUGUUGAGGUUCCUGAAGGAAAUGGUUCUGGAGUGGUGUGGGAUGGACAAGGGCACAUAGUGACGAAUUAUCAUGUGGUUGGUAAUGCUCUUUCUAGGAAUCCAGGUACUGGCCAAGUUGUCGCACGGGUGAACAUUCUUGCUUCUGAAGGGGUACUAAAAAAUUUCGAGGGUAAAUUGAUAGGAGCAGACCGCGCUAAGGAUCUGGCUGUCCUGAAGUGGUGGUCCUUUACUGGACUCCAAGGGGAAUUUGAUUGGUAUCAACACGGCAAUAUUUACUCAGACAGGGACAUCGGCAGGCGUGGGCUUUGCAAUUCCAUCGUCAACAGUAGUGAAGAUAGUCCCUCAGCUGAUCCAAUUUGGCAAAAUUUUACAGAAAUGAAGAUCAGUGGUUCGGGCCACCGCCUUCAGUUGUGGAUGGGAAGGAUUCUUCUGAAGGUCUCGAUACAGUUGGGUGAAUCAAGCAUCUCUCCUUCAUGGUGCCUUAGCUACAUUUUUGCUGAGGUUUUGAUAUCCUUUUUUACUUUCUUGAAUAUUGUAUAUGUCACAUUCAUGGGCAGUCGCAACUUGGAAGCCGACUUUCUCAAUGUGCAGACGGUGAACUUGUCACCAGGGAUGCCUUUGCUUGGUAGUUUCUCAUUGGACCCCUCAGCUCAUGUGUGCUUUCUUAAAGAAGAAAAGAAAAGAAAAGAAAAAGAAAAAAAGAAAAAAGAAAAUUCACUCUGGUUUUCGAACAUAUCACACCAUUCAGUUAAAAUGUAAGAGUUGCAAAAGACCCCUUGUAAAAUAUGAGAUGUUGGAACUUUGAACAUUGAAUCGCUAAGGCACAUGAAAGACCAUGCGAAUAUGUAAGCCAUGGGAAACUAGCAAUAUCAUGCCCUUUCCCUAUUCAAUGUGGACCUAUUCUCAAAUGCUCAGCAACAGGAUUCCAGCAAAUACCAUCAUCAUGAUCAAAGCCUUGUCCCAGCUUUUUGAGGUCUGCUUUAUGAACUUUAUUUCCUUUUGCUGCUUUAUUAUCAAAGCCUUGUCUAGCUUUUUGAGGUCUACUUUGUGAGCUUUAAUUUCCUGUUGCUGCCUCAUGAUCAAAGCCUUGUCAUAGCUUUCUGAGGUCUGUUUACGAGUCCUAUUUUUCCAGUCAAUCCUGUCUAAGGCUCUAUCCUUGGUAAGUGAGCAAUCUUUCAUAUCCUUUCUCACCAUCUCAAAUCAAGUCUUUUUAGGUACUCUCAUCUUUCUUUCGGGCCCUACAACUGUUCAACCGCAAUCAAGCCAUUUCUGGUCUUUGUUUCACUUGACUAAACUAUCUCAAUCUCUCCAGAGUUCUCUCCUAUUGGGGUUACUCCUAAGCCAUUCCCGAUUGUCUGAUUCUUGAUUUCAUCCUUACUACUCUCCUCAUACAGCCAUCUCAACAUCCUCAUCUCUGAACACUCAAUCUCUGCUCAUUCUAUAGCACAGCCGGUCGAAUGGCCAUUUUGUGAAAAUUACCCUCAAGUUUUAUAGGCAUGCGACAAUCACAGAACACCCUGAAGGCACAUUUCCACUUCAUCCACCCCACUCCAAUUCUAUUGGAAACAUCUUCAUUAAUCUCCCAAACCUUUUGAAUAAUUGGCUGAAGUGGCAAAAGACAACACUGAGGAAUCUCUCGAUCAUCAAUUUUAACUAAAGCCUCGUCUCUAUGACUGUUCUGACUAAAUUGCAUUCCAAAUACUCUAUCUUGGUUUUGCUAAUUUUAAAGCCUCUAGGCUCUAGACCCUUCCUCCAGCCCUCCAAUUUGGUAUUUUCUCUGUCUAUAGUCUCAUCGGCCAACACCACGUCAUCCACAAAAACUGACCUCUCAUCAUGGGCACUAGUGGUUAAGAGCUAAAUGCUGACCCCUGAUGAAAAUCCACUGCUACUGGGAACUCAUCAGUCUCACCACAAGAUGUUCUCACUCUUGUAAUGGACCCUUGUAUGUCUUUAAUGAUGUCGAUAUAUGUUUUGUGGAACCCCUUUCCUCCAGCAACAUCAUGCGCCCCCCCCCCCCCACCCAAUUAUUCUGAUUGAUGUGAAGCACAAGCAAAGCAAGAAAGUUUGCAUCUAGACUCCAUUUUUCUGAAACCAUGUAGAUGCAGGCCUAGGUACAACAGUACCCAAAGAAUACAUGCUUCACCACAAACAUGAUGCCUGGAGGGGCCAUGAAAUGCUGAAAUCACAGGCAAAGCUAUUAUGAUGAACGGCAGAACUGAAAUGAUAUUUUAGUCCAAGAUUUUGAGCUGAUCUCUUGCAAUGCAAACGUUAAGAGUCAAUCAAUGAUUAGGGAAGUACUCACUUUUUUAUCUGCUCGCUAACUCGCAUAAUUGCUGGCUGUUUUUUAUAUGAUGGUUCUGUCCUUGCCUGUUGUAACUUUUGGCUUCAUUUAGCAUCUUAACUUCAGAGAGCUUAAUUCAAUUUCAUCAAGAUGUGUGGUUAAAGCAAUAAGUAUCUCCAUGAGUCAUUGCUAUUCUUAAUAAAGCUUGUGGUUAUCUCUUCUUCUUUAAAAAAAGGGGGUGUUUUCAUUGCCAGUUUCAUGAUUCAUCCA